AUGGCAAUUGUUAGGCUCAAAGGUGAGAAAGAACACAUAAAUGUCAAUGCUUCUAAUAAAGGCAAUGACACUUUUGUAACCCUCUCUAACUCUAGUCAAGGCAUAAAGGAAGAUGGGAAAGAAAGACAUGAUAGUUUGUAUAGUAGAAGUGGUGGAGGUGGGGGCGGGGAAUGGGAAUGGGGUGGCGGAGGGGGAGGGGGAGGGGGAGGAGGCGGUGGAUGGGGAUGGGGUUGGGGAGGAGGGGGUGGUGGUUGGUGGAAAUGGGGGUGUGAAAGCAAACCAAGAAAUGGUAAAAGGAGCAGCGUAUCCGAUUAUAUUGUGGGAGAGUAUGCAGAAUGCAUGACAAAAACACGAUGCAAAGGAAUGAGAUUAGAAUGUCCUCUUCAUUGUGGUGGAACAUGUGACUAUGAUUGUCACCAUAUCUGUAAGGCUCAUUGUCGCCGACCCUGAAACAAAAUGCAUCCCUUCUUUUUGUUACCCUAGGUCUUUUGUUUUUGUUUUCUUGUACCCAAGGUCUUUUCAUAUGUUGACAGUGUUUUCUUAGCAUACAUGUGCUACUUACCA